GCAUUUAUUAUGGUGCACUCUUGCAGUUAAUUAACGACAUAAAGUUCAAUCCUAUGUUCAACAUAAAAACUAAGUUUCAGCAAUAUCAAUAAACCCCAAACCUCGAUUCCAUUGCAACCAGCAAAACACUGCAUCAACCAUCCCAAAAGAUGCAGCCCACAUGGUUGUUAGCUCUCUCAUUUCUAGGUUUCCUAUCCUUUCUCACCCGCUCCAUUUCCCUUCUCAAUUGGGUUUUCACUACUUUUUUCAGAUCCCCCAAGAACCUCAACAACUAUGGUUCAUGGGCUCUCAUCACCGGAGCCACCGACGGCAUAGGGAAAGCCUUUGCCAACCAAUUAGCUCGCCAAGGCCUUAACCUUAUACUCGUCAGUAGGAACCUAAACAAGCUGAAAACAGUUUCAGCUGAAAUCCGAGCCCAAUUUCCCCAUCUAAAGAUCAAGGUCGUGGCCCAGGAUUUCUCCGGCAAUAUAUCGGCUGGUGCCGGGUUGAUAGAAGAGGCGGUGAAGGGGGUGGAAGUUGGUGUGUUGAUCAACAACGUGGGGAUAACGUACCCCAGAGCCAUGUAUUUCCAUGAGGUGGAGGAGGAAGUGGUGAAGGGGAUUAUUAGAGUGAAUUUGAAAGGGACGACCUGGGUUACCAGAGCGGUGCUGCCUGGGAUGUUAAAUAGGAAGCGCGGUGCGAUUGUCAACGUCGGUUCUGGUGCUUCCAUUGUUGUCCCUUCGCAUCCUCUUUACACAAUCUAUGCCGCUACAAAAGCGUACAUAGAUAAGUUAUCGAGAUCUCUGUAUGUGGAAUAUAAGCUAAGAGGGAUUGACGUGCAAUGCCAGGUACCGCUAUAUGUGGCAACAAAUUUAGCAUCCAAAGUAGCAUCAAUCCAGAAAUCAUCUAUGUUUGUCCCAUCGCCUGAAGAUUACGCCAAAGCGGCGAUCCGCCAAAUAGGCUAUGAGCCACGGUGCACGCCGUACUGGUCUCACGCUGUUCAGUGGUGUUUCGCACGGUUGCUACCCGAUGUCCUUCUUGAUGCUUGGCGUCUCUCUAUCGCCCUCCGAAGGCGAGCAGAGGUCCUUGCGUAACUUUCUUUGUUCUUCACAUUAAUUCAAUAAUAGAUUAUAGGUUCGAUAACAAAUGCUCUUUGUUUUCCCUCUCUUAAUACUUCAUAGAUUUGCUUCGAAGGCAUAAAAA